UUCAACCAGACGCUCGGUGGCUCUGGUGCGGAUUGGUCAAAAUUGAAAGUAAGGCGGGGGUUAAAGGAGGGCUUCAGAGAGCCGCUGGGGAUCUGGCCGAGCAUGCUGGAAUAGGUUCAAUGGCGUGGCAGGGGAUGGCAGCCGAAUUUCUGCAGGUGCCAGCGGUGACCCGGGCCUACACCGCGGCCUGUGUCCUCACCACAGCCGCUGUGCAGCUGGAGAUCCUCAGCCCCUUCCAGCUGUACUUCAACCCGCACCUUGUGUUCCAGAAGUUCCAGGUCUGGAGGCUCUUCACCAACUUCCUCUUCUUCGGACCCAUGGGAUUCAGUUUCUUCUUCAACAUGCUCUUCGUGUUCCGCUACUGUCGCAUGCUGGAGGAGGGGUCUUUCCGUGGCCGCACAGCUGACUUUGUCUUCAUGUUUCUCUUUGGUGGUGUCCUUAUGAUUCUGCUAGGACUCCUGGGCAGCUUGUUUUUCCUAGGCCAAGCCCUCAUGGCCAUGCUGGUCUAUGUGUGGAGCCGACGCAGCCCUCAAGUGAGGGUCAAUUUCUUUGGCCUCCUCACCUUCCAGGCACCAUUCCUGCCCUGGGCAAUCCUGGGUAUCUCACUGCUGCUAGGCAACUCAAUCCUUGUGGAUCUGCUUGGGAUUGCUGUGGGUCACAUCUACUACUUCCUGGAAGAUGUCUUCCCCAACCAGCCUGGAGGCAAGAGGCUGUUGCUGACCCCCCACUUCCUUUGCUUCUGGACACCCCUGAGGAGGACCCCAACUACCUGCCCCUUCCUGAGGAGCGUCCAGGAACCCAUUUGCCACCGCCGCAGCAGUGAGCAUACCCAAGCCGGCUUAAUGUUUCUGGCAGACCUCUCUCCUUCCCCUUCCUCUUCCCUGCAGCAGAACAAUCCAUCAAAGGAGGUUGAAUCCAUGUAAAGGCCUACACACCUAAAUAAACCAUUACCUGAA